AUGCUAUUUCAAUUAUCGGACACCCUGCUGAUCUUACUGAGGUUUCUUCUCUAUCCCAUAUUAUUAUAACUACAUAAGUAAUCGUAUAGUAUCGACUAGUAUAAAAGAGCGAUCUACGGCUUCAGCGACACAUUCAGCCUCUGAUCGCAAUACAAUUACUUACUUUCCAAGUUUUAAAAAUAAUUGAAAAUGGGAUUUUUAUCUGGCAAGAUUGUGUUCGUGUUUUCACUGCAUUUACUAUUUAUUAUUAUAAAUUCUGUAGCAGAAGAAAUGUGCGAGACAGUUGCUAGUGAAAUUCAUGUGACCAAAGAGGAAUUUGACGAUAUGGGCCGAUUAAUAAGAUCGUGCAGUGGAGACGUAAGUGUUAACAAAUGCGAAGGAAUGUGCAAUAGCCAAGUUCAUCCUUCAAUUUCUACGUCUACAGGGUUCCAAAAGGAGUGUUUUUGCUGCCGGGAAAACUUCUUGCGUGAACGAUUGGUUACUCUUACUCACUGUUAUGACCCUGACGGUAUGCGAUUAGAAGAUGAAGACAACGCGAUCAUGGAGGUGAGGCUCCGUGAACCUGAAGAAUGCAAAUGCUCUAAAUGUGGAGAAUUUAGUAGAUAAAUAAAUUAUUGCACUUAUAUAAUGACGUUGAAUACAAGUAUGAUCAUGAAUUGCGAGAAAACGUUAUUGAUGUCUCAGGUGAAAUUGAAUAUAUAACAAAUGGUCAAGAGCUUUUUAAAUUGGUUAAUAAUAUACAUUAGUGGAUAUAACAAACGUUCAAAUAUAAUACUAUGGAUUAGUACAUUAAAUCUAGCCUGUAAGUGAACAAAGGUGCAUGUAUUGUUUAUAAUUAUUCUAGUUGUUGAAAAUAAAGCAAAUUUUAUGAA